AACUUUUUGCUAGAUCCAAAACUAAACCCUCCCAAACCCCCUUUCUCCAACUACCCCCAACCACGCGCCACCAUGCAAGCCUCCCUCGCCUCCCCACGCGCCACCCCUCUCCGCCGCAUCUCCCUCCCUCCCCACCACCCACGACACCUCCCGAUACCCUUCACUCUCAAGGCCUCCUCCUCCUCCUCCUCCCCACCGCCAACACAGCCCCCAUUGCCCGCCCAGACCAAGCUCAACAAGUACAGCUCUCGCAUCACCGAGCCCAAAUCCCAGGGCGGCUCCCAGGCAGUCCUCCACGGCGUCGGCCUCUCCGACGACGACCUCUCGAAGCCCCAGGUCGGGAUUUCCUCCGUCUGGUAUGAGGGCAACACCUGCAACAUGCACCUGCUCCGACUCUCCGAGGCCGUGAAGGAGGGCGUGAGGGAGGCUGGCAUGGUGGGGUUCCGGUUCAACACGGUCGGCGUCAGCGACGCCAUCUCGAUGGGGACGAGGGGGAUGUGCUUCAGCCUCCAGUCGAGGGACUUGAUUGCAGAUAGCAUCGAGACCGUCAUGUCUGCUCAGUGGUAUGAUGGGAACAUCUCCAUUCCCGGUUGCGAUAAGAAUAUGCCUGGCACAAUCAUGGCAAUGGGACGCCUCAACCGACCAAGCAUCAUGGUUUAUGGUGGAACCAUCAAGCCAGGUCAUUUUCAAGGCCAUACAUAUGAUAUAAUAUCUGCCUUUCAGUGUUAUGGGGAAUAUGUAGGUGGAUCAAUCAGUGAUGAGGAAAGGAAAAACAUAGUCCUUAAUUCGUGUCCUGGUGCAGGGGCAUGUGGUGGUAUGUACACUGCUAAUACUAUGGCCUCUGCCAUUGAAGCCAUGGGAAUGUCUCUUCCUGGAAGCUCUUCGACACCUGCUGAAGACCCAAUGAAAUUAGUUGAGUGCCGGUUAGCUGGGCAGCAUCUCCUGGAACUGUUAAAGAUGGAUUUAAAGCCACGGGACAUUAUCACCCAGAAAUCACUGCGUAAUGCGAUGGUCGUCGUGAUGGCACUUGGUGGGUCCACCAAUGCUGUGUUACACUUAAUUGCUAUUGCAAGGUCUGUGGGGUUAAAGUUAACUCUUAAUGAUUUUCAGAAGGUUAGCGAUGAGGUUCCGUUUCUUGCCGAUCUUAAGCCCAGUGGCAAGUAUGUCAUGGAGGAUGUGCAUAAGAUUGGAGGAACACCUGCAGUUAUCCGCUACCUCUUGGAGCUUGGAUUUUUGGAUGGCAAUUGUAUAACUGUUUCUGGGAAGACGCUUGCUGAAAAUGCAAAGGCUGCUCCUUCAUUGGCUGAAGGACAGGAUAUAAUAAGGCCCCUCCACAACCCGAUCAAGAAAACUGGACAUAUUCAAAUAUUAUACGGAAAUCUUGCUCCUGAUGGUUCUGUGGCUAAAAUAACUGGGAAAGAGGGGCUGUACUUUUCAGGUCCUGCACUUGUUUUUGAAGGUGAAGAAUCUAUGCUUGCAGCUAUCUCAGAGAAUCCUAUGGGUUUCAAGGGAAAAGUGGUAGUUAUCAGAGGAGAGGGGCCUAAAGGUGGACCGGGCAUGCCUGAAAUGUUGACACCAACAAGUGCAAUAAUGGGAGCAGGUCUUGGAAAGGAAGUUGCAUUAUUAACUGAUGGUAGGUUCUCAGGUGGCUCACAUGGUUUUGUUGUUGGCCAUGUAUGUCCUGAAGCACAGGAGGGUGGUCCUAUUGGCCUCAUUGAGAAUGGAGAUGUCAUCACUAUCGAUGUUGAGAAAAGGAGGAUUGAUGUCCAACUAUCAAAUGAGGAGAUGGAGGAGCGAAGGAAGAAGUGGAACCCCCCUCCACCUAAGGCGGUACAAGGAGUUCUCUACAAGUACAUAAAGUGCGUGCAGUCGGCUUCCGAUGGAUGCGUCACAGAUGAAUAAACGGAGCCAGAGUGACUACUAUGUUACUGUGUAUAGAGUGCAAAAAAGUGAUUGGUGUGUUGGUGUACACCAGUGCGGGUGGAUUCUCUUGCGGCUUGUUGGUACCGAUCCAGGUUCCCAUCCUUUUUGGCCAUUGUAGCACAAGUUCUUAUUUAUAUCUUGUGUUUUCUCUUUCUAGCACGUUUCUUCUUGGAAGGAUUGUUGUUUGAAAUCUUGUCGAUUUUCCUUUUGCUUGUGUUUGUAAUGGGAAUAAUUUUUAUCUCCAUUGAGAUAUUGGGAUGGCCUUAAAUUUUAGUCAGGUUAUUCAGGCCCAUAGGACAAUCAUUGUGGGGCUCUAAU